GGCGGGCCCUCAGGUGCAGUUGUGCGCUUUCUCCGGCGGGGUAAGGUGUUCAGGUGCGGAUCUCGGCUCUUUAGUGUCUCCUGUCCGGAAUUAAAGUACAGAAAACAUGUCUCGAAGAUAUGACUCCAGGACCACUAUAUUUUCCCCAGAAGGUCGCUUGUACCAAGUUGAAUAUGCCAUGGAAGCUAUUGGACAUGCAGGCACCUGUUUGGGAAUUUUAGCAAAUGAUGGUGUUUUGCUUGCAGCAGAGAGACGCAACAUCCACAAACUUCUUGAUGAAGUCUUUUUUUCUGAAAAAAUUUAUAAACUGAAUGAGGACAUGGCUUGCAGUGUGGCAGGCAUAACUUCUGACGCUAAUGUUCUGACUAAUGAACUGAGGCUCAUUGCUCAAAGGUAUUUAUUGCAGUAUCAAGAACCAAUUCCUUGUGAGCAGUUGGUCACAGCGCUGUGUGAUAUCAAACAAGCUUAUACACAGUUUGGAGGAAAACGUCCCUUUGGUGUUUCAUUGCUUUACAUUGGCUGGGAUAAACACUAUGGCUUUCAGCUCUAUCAGAGUGACCCUAGUGGAAAUUAUGGGGGAUGGAAAGCCACAUGCAUUGGAAAUAAUAGCGCUGCAGCUGUAUCCAUGUUAAAACAAGACUACAAAGAAGGAGAAAUGACUUUGAAGUCAGCACUUGCUCUAGCUAUUAAAGUCCUAAAUAAGACCAUGGAUGUUAGUAAACUUUCUGCUGAAAAAGUGGAAAUUGCCACACUAACAAGAGAGAAUGGGAAGACAGUCAUCAGGGUCCUCAAACAAAAGGAAGUAGAACAGCUGAUCAAAAAACAUGAGGAAGAAGAAGCUAAAGCUGAGCGUGAGAAGAAAGAAAAAGAACAGAAAGAAAAAGAUAAAUAGUAGACAAAGUCAGGGAUUUUAUCAUUCAUUCGGGGUACCAUUUCAGUGUAAAAGCUGUCCUACUCUUCCACAUUGAGAAAGCUUUGACUUUUUUAAACUUGUGUAGUGGUAAAAUAGGAUGGUACCAGCUGAAUUGGGUCAUUAUUUCUGUCCAGUUGAACAUUGUAAUAAUGAUUACUCUUCAUGGACAUAUUUAGACUCUGCCCCUCUUCUUCUUUGGAAUAAAACUUGGAAAGAAUAGAAAUGGCGAGGGAAAAAAUUCUGUGUAGCAAUAUUUAUUAAAGAUACCAGGAUUAACAGAGCCAUGACCUUUUCAUGCUUUAUGUAUACUGUGGCAGCCUUUGCAGGUACUUCUAAAUAGGAUGUUAAAAUUGACAGAAGUGUGACAUCAUAAAAAAAGGUGAGAAUUGUGCAUUAAAGGUUUCCUUUGCUGUCAUUCUUCUACCAUCUUAGAGAAUCUCUAACCCAAUUUAAGCAAAACAGAGAUGCCCUUUUCUUAGGCCUCUGAUAGGGUAAUAACAGAUGAGGUCUAUCCAGUGUGUUAAGAAUUACAUUCCUCUGCUAGGUAUUGCCAGCCUUUGAUGUUGAUGGAUAUUCAUGUUGGACUUAAAAAUUGUGCAUUUGUGUGUGCACAUUACAUUUGUGUACACAUAAACUACUAUAAAACAUGAAAGGAUAAUUAAAAUGAAAGCCCUCUAUAUCCAAUACCCAGCUUCAGAAACAAACUAUUCAGUACUUCUGAAGCCUCCAUUAGAUCUCCUUCCUCUCGAUACCCAAGAGAUAACCACUGUUUUGGGUUUGUCAUUGCACUUACUAGGGUUUUUACACUGGUUUUCUGCCCAUCUACUCCAGGUGGUCUUAGGUCUGUCAGAGAACCCCACUUCUUUUAACUGAGGUGGGCAUAUCCAUCAGGCUGGCCAGAUAACCCAUCUCUGUAUCCAGGGAUUGGUUUGAGAAUGAACAUGUGGGCUGAGCCAAGCCAGUAUUAAUGUGUAGGUAUGAGGAGAAUGCUGAGGAUCCUGUAGCUAGGACAGGCUGUUCACAGACAGCAACCCAAGCCACAGGAAAGGUGGUGUGCAGAAGAAAUUAAGGCCACAGAGGAAAAGUGGAACCAAGAGGUAAGAAUAGUUCAGCUUUGGCUGAAGGGACCUCCAUUGCCAGCCUGUGCCGUCAUAUGUCACUUAGGUUGGUGUGCUUAUGAUAGAGUCCUCUUUGAUAGAAGUGCUAUUGAGCAGUGGUCUGUGGACAGAAAGAUUUAGCAUAACUUGGGGUUUGUUAGAAUUGGAAAUUGUGGUGUCCCAUCCCAGACCUACUGAAUAAACAGGAGAGCCCAGCAAUCUGUUUUAACAAGCUCUGCAUGUGUUUCUAAUGUGUCCUAGGUUUGAGAAGUGCUUUGCUAAGUUAGAAUCACCAGGUCAGUUCUUAAAUUAUAGAGCUGUACUCCAUACCGGUCAAAUCAACCUCUGGGGUAGGACUCUCAUAUUAGCACUUAUCUAAGUGUUUCCAGAUGAUACAUGUGGAGACUGAGGUAUGAGAGCCAGUGCACUGAGCCAUAGCUUAGGCUUCUCAGCUGUUGUCAAACAGGAGAUCCCAUCCUAAUCCCUCAUAAGUGCUCUUAAGGAAUAGAAGUGUUUCACAGUUUUCUGCAAAGACAACCUCACAUGGUGGUGUUCAGGUGGGACUUCAACCUCACAAGGUGUUUCCAAGUCCCACUGACAUAGUGCUUUUUCAGUCUUAUAAAUUUCUCUUUUACUCUAAUUUAUUCACUUGAUUCAUAUUAUUCUUGGUGGCUAUACUCUAUAGUCACAGUGAACACUGAAUUAGCAAAUACUGAACCAUUGUUCCUAGGGGAAAUACUAGGUUAGGUUCCUCUGGGCCUCUGAUCACACUAUUUUCAUCUGCUGAUCAUUAUAUAACUUUUUAUGUGUGUUUCUGUUGUUUAAAGACAAUUUAAUAUACAUUGUUAAUUCAUUAAUACUGAACUCAUGGCCAACAGCACUAAAACUCAUGCUUAAGUGAAGCUUAUCUAAUAGAUCUACUUUGUCCAUAGAUCACAUCAAGCCUUCUUGCACUUAAGAACACUAGCCAGCCAUAGCAACUCAUUGACAUUCAUUUACAUCUCAUUGACCACACUUACCACAAUUAAUAGAACCAUCAUCUACACAAAUUAUUAAGUGACUCCCAUUUUAAAAACAUGUUUGUGGCUACUACUACUGAGUCAGUAAAAAAACCAUGUUCCAAGAUUAAAGGUGGUAUUCUAAUUAGGUAUAAGCACAUUGUUACCUACCUGUAAUGUUUCAAUUAUCUCUUUAAUUCCAUCAAUUACAACAAUGGAAUCAGAGUUAUAAGGACCUUUCAACAUAAUCUACUCUCAGUCUUCUUACUAUUAAGUAUCAUGUAUCACAGGUAAACAAGUUAAAUUUCAUCUCUAAAUGCCCCUGAUUGAGCUAUGACCAAGAACCCUGAUAGAAACCUCACAUUUGAUUUAGAACUCUUGGCUCCUGAGACAACAAGCCUUAUCAUUUAUAGUAAGUAACCCAUCUAAGUUCAAAUCAAUACUCUUUGGAAGGCAGUGGGGAUCCUGUCAAAUUUGCAUUUUAUUGUAGGCAGGUGUUUAAUGCCAUUUAAUGAGUGAAAGUCUGGUUUGAUGAAUUUAAAUGGCCUGUUAGCUAUCUUAGCAUUAUCUUAGCAUGUGUACAACUCUGAUACCUCAUAUAUCCAUUACUAUAAAAAUUUUUAUGCAUAGAUUUAUAGAAAUUUUUCUUUUGACUUACGAGUCACUGGGUUGCAAUUUUAUGUUUUAUUUUUGCAUAGGAAAAACAUCAAAAUGACUAGUGAGAAGAUUAAUAUUAUCUGACUCAUCAUUUCUUGCUAGUGGUUAUUCAGAUUCAGAAGUGUAUGGGAUACUUCCUUAAUAAUUAGUCUAAAGCAGUGGUUCUCAACUGGGAACAAUUUUUCUCUCAAAUAGAAAUUUAAUAAUUUUUGGAGACAUUUUUGAUGGUCACAGCUGGCAAGGGACAGAGUAUGUUACUGGUGUCUAGUGGGUAGAGAUCAUGGUACUACUGUAGACCCUACAAUGUACAGGACAGUCCCCCCAACACAGAAGCAUCCAACCAAAAACGUCAUUAGUGCUAAGGUUGAGAAACCUUGUGCUGAAGUCUCAUUAAUGAUGAUGUGUGACGAGGCAUAAUUUCUCAUAGUAUGAUUUAGAAUUAUGUAAGAUAGAUAGUUGAGACCCUUCACAAUGGAGGUAUGGCCCUUAGACUCUUGAAAAACAGUACAGAACAAGAAGUGUGUGGUAAGAAAUGGUAAUAAUGGGGUAUUGUUGAAAUUGUGCGAAAUCUCAAGGAGAUAUGGAAUAAAUAAGAAUAACCUUGGAAAUCUAUUGUUAUUGAUACUGAACCAAUAUCAGUUGGUUAUAGUUUUCAAAUUUAGCCCAUUUUUACAUGUUUCAUAGCACAGCACACUACUUAUCACUGUAGAAGAAUUAUAUUUUGACAUGUUUUCACCUUAACAAAAAGGCUGGCUAAAUGUUCAUUUAUCCAUAAUAAAUACUUCAACAUUUU